UUUUCGAUCGUUGGUCGCCAUUUUGAAGAUUCGCCGUUUCAAGUGGGAGCUGAGUUUAACGCGGAACAAUUUUAUUUUUUCUCUCGAGUUUCAGUGAUAUUCUUCACGGAACAACGGAUCAAUGUCUCGCUUCAACAAUAAUCGUGGUGGCUUGGGUAUGAAUCAAUUUCAGCCACGAAGAGGCGGUGGCCCCGGCGGCCCCAUGCGUGGUGGCCUAAUGGGAAACCCACAUUUCAGGAAUCAUCCUUUCGCAAAUCACAACCAAAACCGCAGAGGAUCGGGUAACAACUUCAACAGACCCCAAAAUAUGGGGGAACAGACGACCCCCCAGAAGCCACAGCAGAACCAGUCGCUUCCGAUCAUUCCUCCGCCGAGUCCCGGCCCGGCUCUGACCAUGAAAGGUCCGAUGCAGCAGGAUAUUAAACCGACACAACAGGAGCUACAGGACAAACAGAAACCAACAACCCCGACUGCUACUGCUCAGCCCAAGAUUCAGUCCCCACCACCGAAGCCCAAUGUCACCUCUCCUCAACCGGAGCAGCCCAAUAACGCCCAGAACCAGCAGUUGAAGUCGCCGGCCGGCAACACGAAUGGAAAAAAGCAGCAACCGCAACCAAGCCCCAAAUCUAGUCCACAGGAAGGUCCGAAAGCUGGCCCUCAGCAGGGCCCGAAAUCUGGACCUCAGCAGGGUCCGAAGUCUGGACCUCAGCAAGGUCCGAAAUCCGGCCAUCCGCAGGGUCCCAGGUCUGGUCCUCAGCAGGGUCCCAGGUCCGGUCCUCAGCAGGGUCCGAGGUCCGGUCCUCAGCAGGGUCCGAGGUCCGGUCCUCAGCAGGGUCCGAGAGCCGGUCCUCAACAGGGUCCAAGAUCUGGACCUCAGCAGGGCCCGAGGUCCGGUCCUCAACAUAAUGCGAGAUCCGGUUCUCAACAGGGACACAGAUCAGGGCCUCAACAGGGCCAGAAGUCUGGGCCUCACCAGGGCCAGAAGUUAGGGCCGCCGAUGUCCAAAUCCAGGCAGAACUUAGAGGAAGACACUGGAAACGAUUCAAUGGAGCAGGAAACCAAGGAGUUUAAGGCAACACUGUCCAUGUUACUGAAGCCUGGGGAGAAGACAUACACCCAACGGUGUCGUUUGUUCGUUGGCAACCUGCCCAAUGACCUUUCAGAAGAAGAUUUCAGGAAGCUUUUUGCCAAAUAUGGAGAGCCGAGUGAGGUCUUCAUAAACAAAAGCAAGGGUUUUGGUUUCAUCAGACUGGAAUCUCGUGCCCUGGCUGAGAUUGCCAAAGCAGAGUUGGAUGACACACCAAUGAAAGGCAGACCUCUGCGUGUUCGCUUUGCUACACACUCUGCAGCAUUGUCUGUGAAAAAUCUGUCGCCGUUUGUUUCCAACGAGCUUUUAGAAGAAGCUUUCUCACAGUUUGGGAUGGUGGAGAGAGCUAUUGUUAUUGUGGAUGAUCGUGGGCGUUCCACAGGGAGAGGGAUUGUGGAGUUUGCCUCCAGGCCUGCUGCCAGGAAGGCAUUGGAACGGUGCAAUGAGGGUGUCUUCCUUCUGACCACGUCACCUCGGCCUGUUAUUGUUGAGCCGCUGGAGCAGUUUGACAGUGAGGAUGGUCUCCCAGAGAAACUGGCACAAAAGAAUCCCAGAUAUCAGGCAGAGCGUGAUGAGCCACCUCGUUUUGCCCGCCCCGGCACAUUUGAGUUUGAAUACUCAAAACGUUGGAAGUCCCUUGAUGAAAUGGAAAAGCAGCAAAGGCAGCAAGUGGAGAAAAACAUGCAGGAGGCUCGCGAAAAGCUGGAGAGUGAGAUGGAUGAUGCUUACCACGAGCACCAGGCUAACCUGCUCCGACAAGAUCUACUCAGACGCCAAGAAGAACUCAGGCGCAUGGAGGAGUUGCACAGUCAGGAGAUGCAAAAGAGAAAGGAGAUGCAGCUCCGACAAGAGGAAGAGCGACGCAGGCGUGAAGAGGAGAUGAUUCGGAAGAGGGAGAUGGAAGAGCAGGUUCGCCGCCAGCGUGAAGAGAACUACAGAAUGGGCAACUUCAUGGAUAGGGAGAGGGAACUGAGAAUGCACCCAGGUGGGGCUAUGGGCAUGAGUGAAAUGUCCUUUGGGUCCAACCAGAAGUUCCCAAUGAGCGGGAUGGGAUUUGAGGGUCAGCAGGGACCAUCUUCUGCAGGACUGAUGGGCAACGAAAUGCGCAAUGAGCGCUUCAACCAGGGCGGUCCUAGGGGGAUGGGUCCAGGUAACCCCGGAUACGGCAGGGUCCGCGAGGAGUUUGACGGUCCCGCUAAGAAACCUCGUUUUUAGAAGCUGCUUUACAAUGCUUCCCGCAGCACCAUUUGUAUACAUUCUCCAAAGUGAACAUGUUGAGUCAUUUUUUUUCUGUAUUUAAGUUUACGAUGUUGCAACAUUUUAGCAAAUUUAUUCAUUUAAUGACGUCAAUAUUUUCAUUUUAUUUUUUGUAUUGUCUUUAGUAUGAAUAGAGAUUACAUCGAAGUGAUCUAGUAGUUCUAGUAGUUCAAUCUGACCUUGUAUUUUCUUUUCUAGAUGUAUAAUUCUGUGAGUCAUCGUGAAGUGAUAAUUGUUACAUUUUCUCAAUUUCCUAAGGCAUUGUUUUGUGCCAGAUAUUUGGACUCAAAGCAUGUACUAUAAUAAAGUCACAUUGGUUGAAUCCGGACACACCGUUUAGCUUUAUUACUUAAAUUAAAACCCGCACAAUGCUAAAAUGUCUACCAGUUCUAAACGGUGGGCUGUUGGCACAAAUGGUUGUGUGUGCCAUGACAGGUGUUAAAGGGUCUAUGUGGUAUCUUUCUCCUGACCUGUUCACGUCAGCAAUGUGUUUGCCAGAUAGUGUUGUAUGGCUCGUCAGAACCUAUUUGCUUCUGUAGUUUCUCCCUAUGGCUUUCUGAUGAGCAGUGCUUGUCCACAGCUGUCAUGAUGAAUACAUUUUUAGGUUGAAACAUGUUGGGGGGAAAAAAAUUGGUAACUUUAUUGCCUGUGCGACUCUGAAGCUUACUUAAAUCCAGGAGGAUAAUUGUUACGGAAACAGUCAUUUUACUUUAUUCCUGUCACUGUGAAGCAUUCUUUAUUUAAGAUCCGAGACUGUCGUAAAAUGGACACAUCGACUGAGUGACCUUGUUUAUUCACUGACAUGCAGUGCCUCAGGACAGCAGAAAUAAUACCCAUAGACCCUUUAAAAUGUGUGCGUGUUUUUUCACUAGCUGACAAACUCUGAUCUCUUGAAAGAUGUUCUGCUUACAGUAUUCAAACUGCUUGUGUGCAUCUUAUGUGCAUGAUUGAAAAUUAGUUUGUGGUUACAUACACUUCAUUCCGUAAUAUACUAAAUAUUGCUUUCAAUUAUUUAGAUCCUCAGGGCCUAACAAAUGGAUUAAAAAUGCAGUUAGUUUUGCUGACGUAUGGAAAAGGACUUUCAAAGUUGUUCUGUAUGGCAAAUUUCACUCUGAAAUGUUCCUGAAAUGAAGCGAUCAGCCCCAAAUUUGCCUCUGGUCGAGUUAACGGCAGUUGAUCAAUCCAAGUUGUACAUUGUGUCUGCUCCUCUGAUGUUUGUCAACAUGUAGCAGACCCUUAAAAUUACCCUGAAUUUGAAAAAAUAUAGUUGUGCACCUGGUUACUGUGUAGUAAACACAUUUAUAGUGCACAAAAUAACUCUCAACUAAGACACUUUUUUCAAUUCUUAGUUUAUUUUGAGUAUAGCAGAGGUCAAGUUAAUGUUUGAAUAAAAAAGGACCAAUUAAAUAUACUUCUGUAAUAAGUGAUUCGACUCGCAAUGCUAUCAUUUAUUUGGUUGACCAAAUGGAGAACUGCAAUGUCCACGAUGCUCUGGACUCAGUUUGAAUGUACAUGGCACAAGUGUGCAUUAAUUACUGAGCAGAGUUAAUACUGGCUUUGAAAAGAAGGAAUUUAUGUUCAAAUUUCAUUAAGAGUAAUUGGAUAGAGGAAUUCAUCAGAACUGAACUAGCAAGAUGACAAAUGUUAUUUUAUUGAAGAUCUUGGUAGCUUUCAAGUUGCAUAUAUCUGGCUCAUACAGCAACAGGUUUUAUGGCCAUCAUGUACCACACCAUGACUGUCAGUCAUAUUGUGCCGAUGAACAUGCACAUGUGACUGAUGUCAGCUUUGAGGAGAGUCCCUUGGCAUCACUAAAGACAACCAUGAAGUACUGCGACAUCUAUACUGACAGGAUCAAUCCUUUUCUUUCCCGGAACUGUUUGUUCUCUCGGUUGUUUGGAGCCAUCAUGAGUGGUGUUGGUGUCAUUUGACCAGUGUUCCAUUUCAGCAGGUGUAUUUGUCAUAUUUUAUCCAUAGCACUUUUGGAGCAUUAAACACUGUCAAAAGGAAACGUACAGUAAAUGCAGAUAUCCCGUCGAAUAGAAGACCACAUAGCAAAAGCUGGUCUUCGUCAAUUUUAGCCAUUGGUUGAUUAUAGAGGAAAGAAUGCGACACUUUGUAAAUGUCAUGUUGCUUAUUAGAUUGAUUUGUCCCACUGUAAUCUAAUUUGAACUAAUUGCAUCCAUGCAUGAUUCGGAGUAAAAAGGCAUCUUUAUUCACCCCAAAAGAACCACAGUAAUGGGUCGAAGUUUUCAUAAAAGGAGAUGCCUCCUAAAGUCAGUGUAAGUACUCUUCUGAAUUGCAACUCUCGAAGCACAUUGAACUGCAUCGUUAGCUUUGUUGCUUUUCACAGAACUAUUCUCACUUGUCUGUUCUGCCUUUUCAACUUUUAUUUAAUCUUAAUGAAAUUGAUGGCACAACAGUAUAAUCUCAUGAUAUGCCAUCGUCGGUAGGCUUCUGCUUGUCGAAUGUAUUUCUAUCAUGAGCAAAUGCCAGCGAUAGUAAGUAUCCUCACCAAUUUGGUAUCCCCUUGCAUUACACCGAUUGCAAAGCAAAAGACUUACUUGCUUCCAUGAAUUUGGCAAAAAGAAAAAAUGAUAUGAAUUGUUGAUCUCAAAUGUUACGUGUUUGUGUUAUGUACGUUCUUUCUUUAACAGGUCUGACCAACUUUAAAGAUUAUGGAGUAUGGAGGAAGUUGUGGCUUUGUCGUAUGGACGCUGAAGUGGUUUAGCUAAGAAACUCGAAACUGAUCUUUUGAAAAUGAUAACCAAUUUAAACAACAUAACCAUAGUUUGUGGAUGGAUGUUGUUUACACUGGCUGUUGGCUGGCAUUCUGAUGCAGCUUUUUUUUCCUCCUCUGGCAUUUUUUUUUUCUUAAGCCAGAAAAUUAAUUGAUUGCACAGGUAAAAGCUUUUUUAUAUUGUUGUGUUGUCAAAUAAUUUCACUAUCUUUUGAAAGCCAUAUCCAGUGAAUCCUAUGAUAGCACAUUCUUAAAAUGGUGUCCUUUAUUGCAUGGAGAGAGUGCUCUUUCCCUAAAGCGAUUCUUUGAAAAAUUCAACUGUUAUCAUUUUCAGAAUUAAUUGACUUCAGCAAAAUUGCAGCAGCGCCGACUUGAACCUUUCAUCUUAAAAGUUUGUUAUAUAUAAAUACACCUUUAAGAAGCAUUUUGCAAUAAAGCACAUUUAUGUUAGAACAUCUGCAAAAACUCAAGUUUAAGCACCAAAGCAACCUUUUCAGAUAAAGGUGAGAUAAGUAAUAUUGCAUAACAUAACCUUCUUCCUCUUCCUCCCAUUCACAGGGUCGCGCAGGUUGCCAGUUUAAGAGAGUUUAGACUGUUUAGGGAAAGCGUAGACAUAAACCACUGCUUGUUUGGCAACCUUAGAAACUCGCAUAUGAUUGUCUCUUGAACCCUGAAGUAGUAACGGGCUCGCACUGUAAAAAAACUUUAAAAACAUUUCAAAACGUUCCCAUCUGUCGCCAGAUGUGAAAGAAACAUUCCCUUUUAAAAAUUCAGUCUUCUCCAUCAACAAUGUUAUGGUCAGGUUUUUUUUUUUAAAGUAAAUUUCUUACUUUUUGCAUCUUUAAUAUGUACAUAUUUUGUUAGGUUUAUUUUCAGGUAAUUAAUUUCUAUAAUACAGUUAAAUAUUUCGAGACCAUGAACAUAGAAAUUUACUCAAGAUUUUGAAGUUUCUAGGGAAAGAAUCAACCAUCAUGGAAGUGUGAUGACUGGUAUUCAGGACUCUCCUUGUAGAUGAUCUUUUUGAGAGGGUGACAGUGAUUUGGAUUUUCACAAGUGAAGCCCAAACAAAACAGUCCAGACUGAAAAUCUUAAAGGACACCUCAAUGUCAUAUUUAACUUCAUAUAAAACUACCAUAAUAAAAAAAAAAUUAUAUUCAGUCAAUAUUAAAUGUUGACCAUAGAAUCAUUAGGUCAGUGUAUUUAAUCUGAAGAACUUCUACAGUUUAAACUUUGUUGCAGAACAGUUCAGAUGGCUAACACUAAGCAUAAACUUUGAAGCUUGUAAUGUCAUGUGUGUUUUGGUGUUGUGUACAAUUUGUUUUUCUUUAACAGGUUUGACCAUCUAUUAAGGUGUUGGACUAUGAAAAGCAACUUUCCAAAGACAUUGCAAGUGUAGUAUUCCUUUGGAUUAGCUUUAUAUUUGUAAUGCCUCCACACUGAAGGAUCCACUGGCAUCUCUUUAAAAAAGUAUGUAUUUCCUAAUUGGUGUAUUUAAAGGUUGGACCAGAGGGAGCCAUUUGAAAUGGUUUUUACAUAUAAAUACUUGCUCUUUGCAAGUACGGUAUUAAUGACUGAAUAAUUAAAUACACUCCCAAAAAAAACCCAAAUAUUCUAGAUUUACCUCCAUUUUUCACAAGAAAUGUGACAUUUGACAUUCAGAGGACUUUGAAAAAAAGUUUUUUUUUUUUCUUUUUUUUUUUUAACUAAAGAGGUUAAAGUCGCUAUAUUAAGAAGUCCCGAGACCUGGAGGGCCUUCAUUUACCACAUGCUGAUUAGCUGCACUCAUAGAGGAAAUGUCUUCAACAUUAUGUAACGAUAAUUGACAGCAUGAUGAAGUCCUCUCAGUAGCGAUUAAGAAUCGGUUCAUAAUCUGUGAUUCAUGAAUUUGUCCAAUUGAAAACGUUAAUGCACACACAAGACUCAGUCAUUGUAGAGGAUUCCGGCAAUUCAUUCGCAGUAGAUACAAUUAUGAAUUGCCUACUCAGACCGAAAAUUGAAAACUUUAAAGACAUUUGACAGUCCACCACAGACUUCCUGAUUUCAUUUUGAAUUCCACAUUGAAGUACAGAUAUGAUCCCACUGCAAAAGGAUUUUAAUGAAAUUGGAUUAAAAAAAAAACAACUAAAGUUCAGUUUAUCAAAUAGAGCUGCAGCUACACCAGGGGUGUCUGAAAUGGCACAUAUCAAUAAUACAGCUUUUAAUAAAAAAAAAAAAAACAACAUGACUUGGAUUACAGAUUGGCAACUGCUAUGAACAGACAGCAUCACUUUGAAUAACUACAAAUGAAAUCAAAGCUUUCUAACCUAUUUUUAACAUCACUUUGUAUUGGCAGCACCAAACACCAUAGGGAGAUAUGUGCCUCCAUGGGGUGUAACGGUACCAGUAUUCACUACAGUUCUUUUUCUUUUUUCCUUUUCUAUUAAAUUUUUGAUCUCCCAGUGCAUGUGAUUAAGCAAUACUUCUUUUUUGUUUGAAGUUGAGUACUGGCUUUUGUCUAAUAAGGACUUCAAUUAUUUGUGCAAAUAUCAAACUGCACUUUCCGCUCGAAAUAUUAUCCAGUAAGUGAUUGCACUUGUUAAGACAAAUGCUAUACAGUGAAGAAACUAGAUUUUCUCCCUGAUGCCAUGUCGAGGUGGGGCUGCUCUACUUUGGCUGAUCAAUUACAUACUCCUGUUUUUAUAUAUUCGUAUUUAUUUUUUUUUAAUUGGCAAUUUUCAACACAUUUUGUUUCAGCGUCCAACUUGUCUGAGAAUGGUGAAUUCUGUGUACCGUUGCCUCCACCUGUAAUUACACACUUUACGCUUCUCUGAUUAACUUCAAAGACCAUGCCAUUAUCCGACUCUCAUCCAAUGCAACUUCUGACUUUGAUUAUAAACCCAAUCAAGACUUCUGGUGUAGGUAUUACUGCAUACCUGAGGCAGGAAGUCCCAUGCACCUUACAGAUGGUGUGUUGUGCCUGUGUGGUUGUGCGUGUUUCAUGUCUUUGGGUAAAUGAGGUGCAUUAGUUGCUGUCAGGGCUUGUCAAGGACAGGCUGCCCAAGUCAACAGUAGAAGCUCUUCUCUGCAGUUGGGUUACAUUGACGAUGAGUAGUUCUGCAGAAGUCAGUGGACAGUAAAGCCUGGACUUGUUUGCACUGCAGCCAGAGGUAUGCUUACACAGAACAGCUGAACAAGAAAGGUAAGUCUCCCAUCCAUGUUUAUAAUACCAGAUGCACAGUUAUCCCACAACUUUACUCCUCUGCUGUCAUUCCUCGUCACUGCUCAUGGUGACACCUUCAGGGCUUCUGGCAUCACACUGACCAAAAUAAUGGCAUCACAGUGCAGAUCUGUUGUUGUGCGUUUUGUGAGGGGGGAAACUCUUGAGCCUUUUCAGAGUGCGUGUAUGUGUGUGUAUGGAAGGGGAUUCUUUGGCUUCUCUUCCCGUGUGAUUGACAACCAGUGUGUGGAUGGUUGAGUCGCUGGAUCAACAUAACCUUCAAAAUGGAGAUGCGUGGAAGAUGCUGCUGAAUGAACUUUUUAUAACACUUUUUUUACCUAUUUUUUUGGCUGUCAUAGUGAAGUGUUUUUGAUGAUUUGAAAGCAGACAUCUUGUACAGUUGUACAAGACAACUGAAAUCUGUGCUGUCAUGUGUUGACUUUUUGGAAAUUUUGCUGGGAAAUUUGCUGGUUGAAAAUUGCCAGACCGUGAAAAGGCAAUUCAUUAUAAUAUCCACAAUGAUGUUCUCAUGCAGUGAGUGUGUGGCUUCAUUUUUGUUUGUACUUUUUUCUUUUUGUAGUUUACAAAGUUUGGUCUGAAAAAUGGCUGUCCUGGAAUUUUUCCUGCCUUUCCUGUCAAAAGUUUCUUCAACGCCCAGUGAAUUAUCAUCUCAGAGGAGGUUCCUUCACAAACUGGUUUGCUGAAACAUUUUUAAAAAGUUCAACUCGCUGCCACUGAUAAUGGUGUUUGUUGAGUGAGCUUUAUUGUGCAAUGUGAAUCCAUAUGAAUGUGUUAAUUUGCUCUGCUGAAAGACAACUCUGGCAGGGUUUUAUCUUAGUGAAAUAUACUUUAAACAGCUUUCAAGCUGAUUUCAAUCUGAACAGUAGCUUUGUGCAACAGCACAGAGAAAAAAAUUGCAACAUUGCACUUUUUUGGAAAACCCUCACUGUUAAAGUGUUAAUUGUAGCCAUGUUUUCCAGUUUCAUUGCAGAAUGUUUGCAAAAGCUUGUCCCUCAUAAUGUGUCUUUCAUGCCAGUUUGAAAUCACCAGCAAAAGGCUAGCGGGCUUCCACAACUGCAUUCUGCUGUGGUCAGCUGUUCAGCUCUGGGUUUCUGUGUUGUGACAUGUCUGUUUAUCUUACUAAGUCUGAAUCUCUCUUUCUAUGCAGUUGCUUUUUUCUGUGAAACAUUCAGGUCAUAUGUACAUCCAUGGACACUAGAAAAAAAACAGUUUAGUUGAGAGGUUCUGGAAACCAUAAAUCUGUGGGAGUUAAAGAAUUUUUAAACAUUGGUGAAUCUUUUACAUGAAAACUUACCAAGUAUUCUUACAAAGGGUUAUCAAGGAUACUUAGCUCUGUAAUUUUUUUUGGUGAGUGAGCAUUAUUAGCUAUUUCCCCAAAUCCCCACAGAUAUUUGGUGGGUAAAGUUAUACCUUAAACUUACAUUUUUCUUAGUAUUUACAACUUUUUUCCCCCCUUUUUCCUGUCGAUACGUGCCAUGUCUGUCUGUAAAAUGAACCUGAUAAUGCGUAAACAUGUAAUGUUGGUACUGGGUUGGGAGUCUUCACAAUAUUUAUCGUACGGUUUGGGUCUGUUUGGGUGGGAAAUUUUAACGUCUCCAAAUAAGUGCUCAGUGCAGUUUUCUUCUUCUUCUUCUUUUUUUUAUUUUUGUACUGUCUUUGGCUUCAGACAUUUUGAGUUGGUCCGAACGGUGUGUGCGUAUUUAUGGGAGGACUUUCCGACUUUCUCGGUUCAACACCCUUUUUUCUCUUUAGCUGCUCUGUCUCAUGACAUUGUUUCCCGUUGGUUAUAUUCCAUUCAUAUUUAAGUUCUGUGCAGAAAUGCAACAUUUUCUCACAUGCUUUUGCAGCAGUUCCUUGAUACCAAAUGAGAAAUGUACAAUAAAGCAUUUGUCAAAACUGCCUGUCUGUGGUAAAACUCUUGCAAUCUAAUCUUAUUUCCAUCAAGUUUGCUCUCCUGCUUAACUCGUCUUUCGACGACACACCUCGAACUCAGUGGUUACUUACUGGAAAGACUUUCUGAAAAACCUUCAGAGAAGUUUCUGCUCUCAGUGCAGAUGUGUCAGAUGAUUUUGUCCGUCAUGUGCAGUAGACCUUGACGCUGACCUCCUUCCCUGUUAUCUUUCAGUACCUCUCGCUCCUCUGAUUUAUUCACUGCUGUUAUUGCACCUGAAUGCUGCAUGGUGCCAGUGACAAGCCUCCAUUGUGAUAUGGUGCACUAUAUUGUGGUUGUGGCCAUUCUUGUGUUGUCUCAGAAGUUUUCUCUUAGAUGACACCCGCGGCUCAUGGUUCUCACCUACUCUCAUGGUCAACAGGAGAUUGCAUUGGGUUCAGCCACCGAAGGCUGUGGGGGUAUAUAUUUCUGCACUGUGAUCCAUUUUUAAUAAAUUUAUCGGCCCUGAUUGGACCAAAUGUUCAUGUCCUCUUUGAGUGUGAUGCCAGAAUGUCCCAUUAAGCCUCCAAUGGCCUCAUCCGAAAGGGUACCGCCCCAAACUCUGACACUGAAAGAGACCCUGUGUACUGCUGGGCGACGUUAUGGUGCAGCUCCUCUUGGGGUAGUUCUGCAGUUAAACCCCUGAUGUGUCAGUAUGACGCUUCACAUGCCUCGUGCCACAUGCUGUAACAGACUCAACUUGUAACAUGCCGAGGAUUGUAAUAGAUUUGAGUGUGGUUGUCAUGAAUUUCUCGUCCCCUCUGCAGUUUCAAAAGAAAA